AUGGCGUCUGCCUGUACUUUGCAGUGGGUACCCGAUUCGUUGUAUAAUACGGCAGUUUCAGCAAUUGUGGCCUCUUAUCCAAGGGGUAGAAGGGACCUAAAGGUUUUACCGGAAAAUGUGCAGUUUGAUAUUUACUACAGACUUUACAGUAAAGGUCGACUUUGUCAGCUUGGAAUGGAGUUUAGUGACCUUGACACGUUUGCUAAAGUAUUAAAAGUGAAUGAUAAAAGACACUUGCUUCACCACUGCUUUCAAGCUCUGAUGGACCAUGGUUUACGUGCCUCUGGGAUUCUCGCCGACAGUUUCGCUGUGAGGCUCAGUGAAACCAUCACCAAAGAUCAGUUCACCAAGAUAAGAUACCUUCAGCUUGGAUUUAAUCUUGGUGGGUUUCUGAGUGAUGCUGGAUGGUUCGUGGACAGUGAACGAGUAUAUAAUGCCUGUUUGGAGUUAUGCCACUCAGAGGUGGACACGGGCAGUUUGUGUAGAGCACUGGAGUGCCGUAUCAGGUUAUUGCAUGUUCAGAAUGCGAACUGUAAAUGCAAGGAGGCUGACCAGACAUGUAAAGAAGCGUUCAGACUGACCGAGGUCCUGGCUGAAAAUGGAAUUAGUGUCUGUAAGGCUACGCUGUAUACAGAGUGCUGUGCCCUUCGCUUUGCUGAAAGUCAGUAUGAUGAGGCUUACAAAUAUUGUUCAAUGGCCUUACAUGAAAUUCAGCCAUCUCUACCUCACAAGGCACUGGUUGAUGUUCUUCGCCAGUGUUCAAAAGCCUGCGUUGUAAAGCGACAGUUUCAGAAGGCAGACCUACUUAUCAAGCAUGCUGUAGCAUUUGCAAAAGAACAUUUUGGAAGUCACCAUCCUAAAUAUUCAGAUGUUUUAAUGGAUUAUGGCUUUUACCUCUUAAAUAUUGAUUCCAUUGCUGCUUCUGUCUUUGUCUACCAGAUUGCUCUUGAUAUUCGGCAGUCCGUGUUUGGAGGAAAUAAUCUUUACGUGGCAAUAGCAAAUGAAGACUUAGCUUAUGCAUCUUACGUGGAACAGUAUAGCUCAGGAAAGUUUAAGAAAGCACAAGAUCAUGCUGAAAGAGCAAUUGAAAUUCUUGGGCACAUUCUCCCUCCUGAUCAUUUGUUACUGUCAUCGUCAAAAAGAGUGAAAGCCCUAAUAUUAGAAGAAAUAGCUAUAGACAGUCAUGAUAAAGAGAUGGAAGAGAGACUACUGCAGGAAGCUCAGGAUCUGCACCUACAGUCACUGGAGCUGGCCAAGAAGGCGUUCGGUGAAAAUAACGUGCAAACUGCAAAGCAUUAUGGGAAUCUCGGACGGCUGUAUCAGUCCAUGCAGAGAUACAAAGAGGCAGAAGAAAUGCACCUGAAGGCAAUCGAGAUAAAAGAGAGGUUACUGGGUCCCGAUGACUACGAAGUGGCACUCUCGGUCGGUCACCUGGCAUCGUUGUAUAACUACGACAUGAAAAAAUAUCACGAAGCAGAACAGCUAUAUUUAAGAUCCAUAGAUAUUGGUCAGAAGUUGUUUGGCGAGGGAUACAGUGGUUUGGAGUAUGACUAUCGCGGACUGCUGCGGCUUUACAUCAACCUGGAGAAGCAGGACAUGGCCACUCACUACAGCAACAUCCUGCACGAGUGGAAUCAGAUCCGGAACAGUCACAACGCUGAGGACGUUAAACCACUCGAGUUUGACACCAGUGUGUCCAUGAUCGAUAUUAUCGAAAGACAUUUUUGAUGUUCCAUUCUCUUUUUUUUUUGUCAUCUGAAAAAAGAAGAAGAUUCUUUACUGGUGUCUGCUUUUUUGAAGGUGUGUUCUUUAUUUGCCUGUCAGUAAUGCAUUCAUGUGACCAAUAAUGCACAAAAGUGAUUCCAGUUAAGAGUUUUACGGACAGUGUUCAGCUUCCAUGCCAGGUGAAUCUCUGUUUAUAAAAUGUCUGAUGAAAGGAGAGAAUGCUGGUUCUGUGUUGCCUUGUGUCCGAGGUGCAGUGGGUGUUGAACAAAUGAGCACAGUGGAUCACUUGAAGAACAUUGCUAAUUCAUCGAAGAGCUAAGCAAACCAGUGAAUAUUUAUGAAGAAUUAUAGAGUGAUAAUUCUUUUUAAAAGUCUGGACUCUGGUUGAGACCCAGACUCAAGAGCAUAUCACCAUUCAAGUUAUAUCCCGUUUGAGUCAGGACUGUUAAUUGGAGUGAGUCCAGAUUACAAAACAGGUUACGACAUUGUGAGAAUCAUAACAAGAGCUUUGUGAGUGCAGCAGCAAAGUGGUGGCAAACCAGGAUCACAAGAUGCAGACUGAUCCGGGAAUCGUCAUCCAGUUCUUAGCUUACAUGGGUCUACAUCAGACACUGUACUGAAAAAAACAUUAGCCACAUACUUUUAGUUAUAAACAUUGCUGUAAAAUAUAGCAUUUGGCUUAUACGUUUUUGGCCAAAAUUGUCUACUUUACAAUAUUUUUAAAGCAAAUAUUGUAAUUUUAUGAAUGAAAAUCUUUUUCAGCAGAGGCUCUCUGAAUUAAAUGUCUGGAUUCAUUGCUGAAUAAGAGAAUAUUAAUAUCGGUGUUUACAUGGCUUGGAUAAUAAUGAAUGCUAAUCUCACAUGCCUUGGCGAUAGCAGAACAAAAUGUUUGUACCAGAUGGAAACAUUAAGUGUUCUAAAAUUAUACAGCAUCUGGUUUUCCACUGCAUACUGAAUGUUGUGCUAUGAGUGCAGGUGUGUUGCACCUUUUGAACAAUUUUAUUGUUAUUCUAGUGCAAUCAUGUGUGUGAUUUAUUUAAAUUAAAAAUUAAACAUAAAAGCAUAUAUGCAUGCUCAGAUCUGAUUGGGAAUUUUUUUUCAAUUGUUACUAAGGCUAUUUUGUGGUUUUAUUGAAGAGAUCCAUCUUAUUCCACUUCGUAUGUGAAAAUAUGUAACAUAUCUAGUAACUAAUUGAUGUUUAAUAACUGGAUUACAUUUUAACAAAAUUCCAGACAGAAAUGUCACAAAGCUAGCUCUGCUACUGUCAAAUCUGCCAGUUGUCAAAUUUAAAAAUAAAUAGCAAAUUUUAUAUUAUAUGCAGUGGUUGGUAUUAUGUAGGAAACCAACUGCGUUUCUGCUUACCGAGACCUGUGUCCACUGUUGAAUAAAAUCAGAGGAACAAACAGAAAAAAAGGGGUGAAUGAGAAAAAUAAAUACAUUCAUUUAAAUGUUUCAGUGGUUCCAUACUUUUGAUUAUUUGGACCCAUCUGGAAUUGGAUAAUCACUUCUACAAAAUCUAUAUCCUUUUAUUCUAGUAGAAACAUUUAUUUAAAAAAAACAAAAAACAAAUGAAAUACAUUUAGAACUUAAAAUUAAUGUUCUUGAUUUCUUGAUUCUUUUAAUUCAUUAAGUAGAUGCAGGCAGUAUUUAUUUUAUAGAUGUUUCUAAUUUUUAAAUUACCAUGCAUGUAUAAGAAAAUUUAUUUUGUCUAAGAAUAUGGAGUUUUGGAUUUUUGUUGGUUUUUUCGUGUAAAAUUUAUUUCUUCCUUCUUUUUAAUGUUGUAGAAGAACUAAAACCUGUACAUUGCUGUGUAUACAGAACAAUGUUAACAAGCUUUGUCUUGAGGUUGGUGAGUUGCUAUUUUUGAAUUGGGCUUGCAGUAUUGUUAAUUUGUUAUUUUUUAAUUUUAUUUUUUUGUUAGCCAAGUUGUAUAGGCCUACAAAGAACAAAAUCUUUAGAACAAGUAUAAAAUAAAUUAAUAUUUUGAUAAGAUUGCAAAUCUGAAUUACAGAUUACUUCCUACUUACAGUUAACACCAAUUAAUGUAAUGCUACCGUACAUAAUUAUAAAUUAAUUUAUUACUGAAAUUUUUUAAUGGUGAAAUUUGUUUUCGAACCUGAAUCUGAUCGGCAAUGCUUAUUAAUGUCACAAAUUUGUGCGUGGUUUGCAGUAGACUCAUUAAAGUAAGUUCUAGUCAUAAAUCAAAGUACCGAAGGGCCAAAAUUAUGUUUGAACAAGUCAUUAUUGUGAUGUGAUAUUCAAGGUAAAGCUAAGAAGUUAGCAUGUACAUAUUAUCAUAUUUAUUAUAGUUAUGGUUAAAACAAUUCUUUUAUUCUAAAUAUAAUGCUUGUUUUGGGAGGGGGUGAUAUUGAGGGUUUUUUAAAACAUUUUUUUUUUUUUUUUUUAAAUUAAGCUAUUGCAUGUACAUGUAUUUACAUGCAUAUAGAAGUAACUAAUAUUUCAUUCUUUCUUCAGUUUUUAGUACCUAUAUAUAUAAUAAACAAAUUUACUACUACAUGUGCUUGACACAUUUUGGUGCUAGGCAAAACAGAUGACAAUGGGUUUUUUUUAAAUUAAAUAGAAAAAAGUUUGAAUCUCAUAACCAGCAAUGAUAUGGGCAUGCUUCAGAAUGCAUGUGCAUGCUUAUGAUUUAUAAAUGUGCACAGGGGUGAACGUAGGAUUCUAGGGGGACAUGGCCUGGUGCUUACAAAGCUUUUAGAGUAGACUAAUAGUCUGAGACAGUAAUGUCAUGGCAACGCCAUACCAAGUGUAUGCGUGUGUGACGUCAUUAGAGAUCGAGUCUGGACUCUAAAAACUUUUAUAAGCAUGGGGCCUGGGAUAGUUAUUGCUUUCCUUGGAGGUUUAAUUUUGAUGAAAACACUAACAAGUUUAACUUCUUAUAGGUGGUAGGUGGGUAGAUUUUGGGGGGACUGGUGAGGUUGCUUACAGAAAAUUAGUUUUAAUGCUUAUAUCCUCUCAUUGUUCAAGAUUGGGUUUAAUGGUUGGUUAGUUAAAAAGGUCUUACACAUUCCUAGGUGAUGUGUUAAAACAUUUUUAGCCGUCACUGGGAUGUGAACCCAGAACUCUCUAGCCAUAUAGCCGAUGGCUUAACCAUUAAACUAUAACGGUCAGCAGUGGUAGCUGAAUUUUUGUCAUAUUAACAUUUUAUUACUUAAAACAUUUACUGUUUGGAACUGUGGCCAGUUGACCAUUUUCAUCAGCACUAUCACCAUCCCUGUGUUCAUGUAUGUAAUCUUCCAGGAAAAUAAAUAUCAACAUUAUGAAAGCUAGCAAAACAGUAGCUGUAUUUGAUUAAGGGUUUGGUCCAAUUUACCGGAGAUGGGUCACUUUCUGUGGGCAGAUCCCUGCUUCUAUUUGGCCAUGUAGAAAGUGACAAUCACAUGAUCAACUUUUUUUUCUUCUGUAUUCUCUGCAUGUGUGAACAUGCAUGUCAUGUAUGCCUUGUUAUCUUGCACCGAUGCCAGUUUCCGUCAUAAUGUUUAAUUUAUGUGAUGCUGUUAUUGUUGAAUUUGUUAAAAUUAUGUGCGAGCCAAAAUAUAUUAUUUCUUGUUAAGGAUUUCAUGUAAAAAGUAUUAAAUGUAAUUAAAUAUUAUUGUAUUGAA